GCACGACGGUAGGAGAGUCGAAAACGAUGACGAGCAGAUUGAAGAACGAUACCUGCGGCAUUACUGGUUAUUUCCGAGACGAAGCGCACCAGAGGGUAUUCGAAGGCUCACAGGAGAAUGCAAGGGUGCGGAAGAAAUGGCAGUGCAAAGCUACGUUGACACAGAGGCAAAUGCUGAAAAAUUCGGCCGGAUGCUAAUCCCAGAC